UAAUUUUUAGAUCAAUUAUACAAUCCCAGCAUCUAGCACAAUGUAUACCUGCGAACCUCCCCUUUCAAAAUUGAUUGAAUGGUCCUGGAGACUCCUAACAUAAUGGUGUGAUCUUCUGUUAGAAAAUCAGGGGUAGAGCUGUUUACUAAAUUUGAAAACACAAAAUUACCCUCUAUCAGACAUGAUUAUUUUCCUAUUCACAGUCAUUUGAAUCCCAAUAGAUAUGUAUAUCUCUCUUUCUCUCCUCCUAAAUAGUAACUAAUAAGCUCCAUCACCUCCAUAAAUUGCGAGCAGCCACACAUCUAUGACAAUGGACCUUAACCUCCAUGGUAGAAAGGUAUAAUAUGUGAAAACCAUUAGUGCCUAUGCCAAAUGACUUCAUGUGUAAUCAUGAAAGAAAAUAGUUAGCUGUCGUUGAUGAGGACAAAGCUCAUGAUACUUAGCUAUUGAGAAUUGUUAUGCCAUUUAUCCAAUGAAUGAGCAUGAGUAUUUGGAGUUCCUGGACUUGAUGAUCAGUGGAGGGAAUACCAUGAGAUGGAGUUUGAUUGAUGAGUGGAAAUUCCCAAUUGGUAUUGUUUGAGAGUAGCUGUUUUCAUCAAUGGACGAUUCAUCUGUUUUUAGCAUUGAUAUAAUUUUGAGUGCUUGGCUAUGUAAUUAUGAAGGUCCAAUUGUGAUUUUCAGUGGUGGUGAUAGACUGCACUACGCAAUGAGGAAAAUUUUGGUGCAUGGGGGAUGGCUCCAUUUUAUGUUUGUUGACUAUAAGUUGCUUGCUUUCUAUUGGUUUUGCAAUUGCAAAUGGGUUUUAUCCUAUGUGAUGGACUGAGAUCCAGAGAGUAUAUGGUUUUCAAUGGUUGAGGAUGGACUGAGAUCCAGAGAGUAUAUGGUUUUCAAUGGUUGAGUAAGUUUGGGUGAGAGAAAGGUGUCCUCUCCUCUUUAUUCAUUUCCUUUUGUCUGCUAAUGAUGUCUAGUGGCCUCUCUGCUACAGUGUCACUUGUCUCUGUCAUGCAGGUCCGUACGUACGAAACCGUCAGAUGCCCUCUCCCCGCCAGGCGGCUAUUUAAUUCCCUCCGGCGCGCUUGUAGACAGGGUUGCGAGGUGAUCAGGCCUGCUGUCCUUUUCUCCUGUCACGUCUUGGGCCGGGCUUGGUGUGAAGGGGCCGGGGCCCGUGAGGGGUCCGACCUUAAGACUGGGUAGUUCAGGCCGGUCCAGUAAAGAGGCCCCAGGACCUUUGGGUUAGAGUCACUAUCAUGGGCUCGGCCUUAUACUGGGGUGGUGAGGCUCAGUGGUCAUCAAUUGCCCCUUUACUUUCUCAUCAGUUAUUACAUGAAUGAUGAGGGGUAAAUAUCAAGAAUCAUUAUGACUGCGCGGCCCGAGGACUGUCUUCCUUAAAACCUCUCUUCUUCUCUCUUCUUCUCUUUACUGUUUCAAAAUUCGAAUUCUCUCAAUCUUCCCCAAACCCUCGCUCUUCUCUGCUCUCUGCUCGUUUCGCCUGUUCUGUCUUCCUGCCCCCAUCGUUUUCAAGGUACGUUUCUCCCUUUCCAUGGAUAGUCCAAAGCUUUCCGAUGUUAUUAAUCUAGAGUCCAGUAUCACUCCUACUCUAAAAAAUUUCUUUUCACGGGAGUAUUUGGACACUCCCCUUUAUCAUAUUCGAGCUCCUUACCGGAAUGAGAGGAUCGUUCUUCUCGAUCCUCCUCCCUCCGGUUUAAUAGACCCCCAGAAAAACCUCAACCUAGUCUUCUUCGUCAAACAACGAGAAUACGGUUUAACCUUCCCCUUUUCUCCUUUCUUUGUCGAGGUCUUCCAGUACUUCGGGAUAACCCCCCGGAUGCUGGCUCCCAACUCCAUCCUGUUUAUGUGUUCCUUCGAAUCUAUUUGCCUGAGCUGGGGGUUAACGCCCACAGCGUGUCUGUUCGUAAUCUUCUUCCGUCUUGUUAGGGCAAGCCAGUGCUUUUACUACUUUGCCCCUCGUGGUGGGUUGUCUAUUUUUUCGGGUCACAAGGAUUCAAUAAAAGGUUGGGUAGAGGGAUUUGUGGUGGUGGAGUUGAAGAAAGACUCCGGACUGUCUUGGGAGGUGGAGCUCUCUUGGGAAGAUGUCCCACUGGGUUGCAACGACAUGCCCCAGCUGAGUCUUUCUGAACAAGUCGGCUACCUGCGACUGACUUCUGUUGAACGGAAGUAUGAUGUCGAAAAGUAUUAUGUCGAAAAGUGUAUGUUUGUGUCCAGUCUUUAGGACUACAAGGCGGCGGGUAUUUCCCUUUGUUUUGGGUUGCAACGACCUGCCCCAGCUGAGUCUUUCUGAACAGGUCGGCUACCUACGACUGACUUCUGUUGAACGAAAGUAUGAUGUCGAAAAGUAUGAUGUCGAAAAGUAUGAUGUCGAAAAGUGUAUGUUUGUGUCCAGUCUUUAGGACUACAAGGCGGCGGGUAUUUCCCUUUGUUUUAAUCGCUGGGUUCCUUCCUUCUUGAUUUUCUUUGUAUGUUUCUUCUAACCUGUGCUGAUUUUGGGUUUUUGCAACUUCUCAAGUUCCAAUGGACAAAAUCAAGCCCCCGAAAAACUUUACCCUAUCUCAGGAGAGUAUGAAUGCUGCUUUAGACGCCCUCCGAGCUGGGCGGUCUGUGUCGGAAGCCACUCAGGAGGUGGCCCAGGUCAUCUCUUCCAGGUCGGCAGGCCGAUCCGUUCACCAGCUUCUUCCCGAGCUCCCAAGCCGAGCUCCCCGGGGUAUCAAGUCUUCCAAGCCCUCCAGCCGUAGCAGUUCGAGCACCCUCCCUCGGUCUUCCCGCGCCACUGGGUCUUGUCAGACCGCCUCCGCGAGGACGGAAGUUGCUCCAAAAGUUACUGACAGGCCAGCUGAGGGUUUCGAGCUCGUGAGGGCGGAUGCUGCUUUGUCUUUCGGAGACGCCCCUGAGGAGAGUCUUGAGGCCUCUUCAGCUGAUAGGAGGGCCCCCGAGGGUGAGGUCGAGGUCAUCCCGGCUAGUGAAAGCGUCCCAGGAGCUGCUGUCGAGGUCGCCUCUGUUAUUGAGGGCAUCCCUAGGGAGGAGGGUGAGUCUCGGUCGGUUGAUGACAUUCUUCCCCCCGAGAAGGUCUUAGACGUUCCUGAGAGUGCUGUUGAGAAGGCUGCGAGCAAGCGUCCUCUUCCCUCGGACGUUCCUGCCCCAGUUCCCGUUCCCAAAAUGUUUCAGGCCUCCAGACGUCCAACCCCAGACCUACCUCCACUUGAGAAGGAGAAGACUCCAGUGGUGCCCCUGCUCUCUGCCCCCAAUAACGAGAUCCUUAACGCCGAGGACAGGACAUCACCCAUCAAUCUGCUGCAAACAUGGUCGCGGAGGUACUUCGAGAGCGGAUGUUUGGUGGGGAUACUGAUGCUUCAGACCCUCGUCUCUUGGCUCUUACCGGGCUCUUGGCGAGUUCUACCAGGGAGCAGGCGGUGUUCCGCUCCCGUACUCGAGAGCAGCUCGGUGAUACUGUCAGGGAGAUGCUCCUGAUGGCGAUGGGCAUUUUCAUGGAGAUUGACGCCCGGGAUUAUUCUCUCAGGGAUUCCGUGGAUCGCCGGAUUGAAGAGGCUCGCCUCGAGGAAAAUCUGGCGGCCACGAGUGACGCUCGGGGUCAUCUGGCCGCUGCCUAGGAGCAUCUGAAGACUCUUCGGGAGGAACUGUCCUACACCCGUGACGUUUUGAGGAGGGCUGACGAGAGGGCAGCUGCAGCGGAGGUUCGUCGGGACGAGGCGUUAGAGCAGCUGUCCUCCUUGGAAGAAGCCUGUCGGGAGAGAGAUGAGGCCGUGAGCCAGAGGGAUGAGGUCCGGCGUUAGCAUGAGUCGCUGAAGGCAGAUCAUGGAGGGGUUCAGGCUCGCUAUGGCAUCGUUAUGGCUUAAAGGGAUGAGGCUCUAGCUCGGAUAAUCAUACUCAAGCAGGAGUUGGGCAAGCGUGCUGACAGUGUUACAAACCUGACUCUGGCAGUGGAGACAUCCAAACUUCAAAACCAAUACCUCUGUCAGGAAGUCGAGGUUCUAAAGAAGAGGUGUUCAGCCUUGCUCGAGGACGCCAAGCAUGUCGAAGACAGGGUCCAACUGGAGUGUGAGGAGUGCCUAAGGGAAUAUAAGGAGUCAGCAGAGCUGAGAAAGGAGAUUGAGCAGGCUUGUGAAGCUCGUCUUCAAAGUUACAAAGAUUCUCCUGAGUUGGAAGCGAAGGUAGAGGAAGCCUGUGAGGCGCGACUUGCGGAGUACAAAGCCUCUGAUGAGCUGAAGCACGAGAUAUGUAGAAGGGGCUUCCGCAUGUUCGCGUUCGGGUUUAAUCGAGGCCUGAGAGAAGCCAGGGUUGCUCCCUCUACCCCCUUAGGUCAACUCCGAGCCCCAGAAGUGGAUUCAGAUGGCGAGGAGGUGGUCUAUGGGGAGGAUGAUCACCCUUUUCCCAAGGGGACUUCUCGCACUGCCACUGGACCUCUGGAAGAGGAUGCCGAGCUAGGGGAGGAAGGCAAGCAAGAAGGCAGCCAGUCCGCGGAGGAUGACGCCGGGCCUCAAAGGGAAGAUACGGGCCCCCAGGAGGGGAAAUAGUGCCCUUCGUGGGCACCGGGGAGUCAGAGCAGGAGGGUGCUGGGCUCCUCGGAAAUAAUAGUGUAGAUAAUGAGGAUGUAAAUAGUGAUGUCCCUAGGAAUGUAAGUCCUUUACGGAUAAUUUUUCCUCCAAUAGUUAUAGAUGAUUAGACAAAUUGUAAUAUACUUUCUUGUUAUUCAAUGAUAUUUAGUUUUUGUGUUUUA